AUGCCGAGUGAAAAGAGUGUAACUUUCCCAAAGGGGAGUUUAUUCCAUCAGGAUACUCUCAAGCAUCUCAAAUUUAUAUGCAUCCUUAUUGCAUGCGGUUUAGAUCUUGCAUCGGUUGGUGCCAUGAUUGUGCUUGUCACUGACAUCGAAACGCGUUUUAAUGUAUCACAUACGCAAUCAGGAUGGGCAUUGACCUCGUAUGUUAUCACGUUUGCUGGUUUCAUUGCGUUCUUUGGACGUGUUGGUGACAUUGUAGGGAACGGUAUAAUGAUGUGUGUAUUUUCGGUCAUAUUUGGAAUCUUUUCGUUGUUAUGUGCCGUGGUACCCAAUUUUAUUGCGUUUACCGUUUUCAGAGCAUUUCAAGGUAUGGCAGGUGCAGGAAUUGUUCCCUGUGCAUAUGCACUUGUUAAUAAGAUGUUCCAAGGUCCUAAUUUACAGAGAUAUUUCUCUAUUCUUUCGUCGGUUAUAUCUGCGAUGGCCGGUGUCGGUUUCAUUAUCGGCGGUGCCUUUGGAGAAACAGCGCUUGGUUACAAGUCAUUUUUCUACUUCCUUUUUGCAGCUUCAUUGGCUACUGCAGCAGUAAUAUGUGUAUUGAUCGGAUACCCAGAGCUCUUGCUCAAUAGACACUCCUAUAAGGAGAAAUUCCAACGCGUUUACAAACUUGAUGUGAUUGGAUGUCUUCUUUUCAUUAGUGGUAGUAUUUUGUUGGUUGUAGGAUUGACACAAGGUGGUGAAUCAUGGAAUGAUCCCACCGCCUAUGUCCCACUAGCUGUUUCCAUAGUACUUUUGAUCAUAUUUUUCAUGUGGAACUUGGGUUACGCAGUGGUGUUGAAAUUAAUCAAACCUAUUUCCACACACAAGGGAUAUGCAUACAUGGAAAGUGUAAACCUACUAAUACCAAAGAAUUUGAUGUUCUCUCAUAAUUUUAUCCCCGUAUUGUUAGCCACUUUCUUCCUCUUUUGCGGAUUUAUGGUUGUCAUGUAUGUGAUUGCUAAUUAUUCUGCCACAGUGGAGGGGAACUCGAUGAUUGUAGCAUCAAUUAAGAUUAUUCCGAUGAUUUCUGGUUUAGUUCUCGCUAACGGGACCGUCGCAUAUAAGCAGGAUCUUUUCAAACCUAAAAAUGCACUAGUUGUUGGCAGUUUUAUCUCCAUACUUGGAGGUGCUUUCUUUGUGCCCAUAAAAUACGUUGACGACAACCUCUUUUGGAAAUUAUUUUUUAUGGGAGGUUUCUUUACAGGUUUGGGUGGUGCGUUCUUCUUCUGUUAUAUGAUUACAAUGGCCAUUGGUGAUGCUCCGGACCAAUACAAGGCGCUUGCUGGAGGUAUCGUUCAAACUUCAGGACAAUUCGGUAACGAAGUUUCUCUAUCCAUUGUUAUAUCUUUAUUGGGUAACCAAACUACCGACAAAGCCGAUCUCAGAGACAGAUUUCAAAAUGCUUCCUACAUUGUCAUUACAGCUGCUACCAUAUCCACUUUGGUCUCUCUAUUUUUAGUCAAAGGGCCACUUGAAAGCUCUGGUGAUGAGGAAAAACAACUGUCAGAAUGCUCCGAAAGCACUACAAGUUCCAAUUCUAACCCAGAAAAUCAAAUCGAAACGGUCAUGGUUAUAUGUCCCGAUACUCGUGACAAGAAGGAGGAAACUGUUGACCAGUAUUUAGCUUAA